UUAGCAAUAAGAAAAUGUAAUCCUCGUUUCCAAAAAAUAUCACUGCAACGAAACUGGAAAGCAGCUUCCCUCACCCCCCAUAAACUCAAAACCCAAAUUCACAAAAUAAAAGGGGUUUUUUUUUAAAUCAUUGUUCCCUUAUUAUUUGUAAAAUUUAUGAUUUUUUUUAUAUAAGUUAUUAUAGUUCUUGAUAUUAGGUCCUCAUGUUAAGCUCCUAUUCCUUCCACUGUGUCACUCAGUGCCCAGUUCUUGCACUUUCUUACUCCAAAUUUCGUGUUCAGACCCGACCCUGUAUCUUUUCUUUAAACCGGAGCUCCCGGGUCUUUGAAUCCAAUUUCAAGCUCACAAAGAACAAGUGGAAAUUUUCAUGCUUUAGGUAUGAUGGGUUCUCCCCAGAAAAUCCGAAAUCCGAAUAUAUUGAUCAUUUUCUGCCUGAGGAAACAGUACAGCCCGAGGUUGAUAAGUCUAGCCCUCACAAAAGAGAUUGGAAAUCAACUCUUCCGGAGGCUGCAGAUGCAGUUUUAAGGGCAGUUGGCAGCAGGUGGACUGUACCAUGGACCGCAGAGACCAUUCUGAAGGUUAUGCUUCUCUGGGUAGCAGCAUUCUGGUUCAUGGGGUCUUGGAUAAUUCCUUUUGCUGCUCACAUGGCAGGGUUGAGCAAGGAUUCUCUAACAUUCAGGGGACAAGCCUUGUUCAGCCUUGUGACAGAUGUAAGUGAAGGCCUUACAGGGAUGGCAAUACUUCACCACUGUCUGUCUCAGUUUCAUCCCCUUCCAUCAGAUUGGUUUAAAUUCAGCUUGAGAGGAAAGUGGGUUUUCGAUGUUGCGCUAGGAUGCCUCAUGUUUCCCAUCAUCAACAGAUUAUCGCAAUUCAACCUCAAUUUGCUGCCUGUUAUUCCCUCUGCACCUGUAACACUUUCAAGCGUUGAGCAGUCAAUCUUAGCAAGGGAUCCAGUAGCCAUGGCACUAUACGCAAUUGUAGUUUCAGUCUGUGCUCCGAUAUGGGAAGAGAUAAUUUUCCGUGGUUUCCUUCUUCCUUCGUUGACCAAAUACAUGCCUGUAUGGUGUGCUAUACCGGUGAGUUCAGUUGCCUUUGCACUGGCACAUUUUAACGUACAGAGAAUGCUACCACUUAUUUUCCUAGGAAUGGUGAUGGGUGUUGUUUUCGCACGAACGAGGAAUCUAUUGCCAUCCAUGCUUCUCCACAGCCUUUGGAAUGGCUUUGUAUUCUUGGAUUUAAUGAGAUAAGCUCUAUCAUGCAAGUGAAAACAUAGGUUUCGGGGAUGCUUCUGGCAAGGGUCUUAAGCAUAUUCUCGCAACACAAUGAAAUGCCUAGAAAAUUUGUACAGAUACAGAUCCAGCUAUCAGUUCAUAUAUGUUGUGCAUAGCUUAAGAGAAUUGCUUCAUUAUUUCUGUUUGGUAUUUAAUAAUAGUUAGGGAAGCAAAGAGAAUGCAGAUUAUAACUCCAUUUUGGCCUAAGGCAAAAUCUCCCAUCAUUGUACUGUAAAACUACCUGUUUUAAUCUUUUUUCAUUAUGGUAAAUAACAAUUCUUGAUUGUUUGUUUUUUCA